AUGGCAGCGGCAUUCGUCAAGGCGGCUAAUGCCAAGAUCAGGUCCCAUCCCUGGACCGACUACUUUUGCUCGACGCAUUUCUGGGGGCCGGCUUCCAACUUCACUAUCCCUCUCGCGGCCAUAGCCGAUACGCAGAAAAGCCCUGAUUUAAUAUCCGGCAAGAUGACCUGCGCCCUCAUCGUCUACGCCUUCACUUUCAUGCGCUUCUCGCUGGCUGUCAGGCCGCCCAAUGGUCUCUUGUUCGGCUGCCACACGGUGAAUGCCGCCGCGCAAAGCGUGCAAGGCUACCGCUUCAUGGAUUGGCAUUACUGGGGAGGGAAGGAGAAGAAGCUGCUUGCCGAGAAGGAGGCGCCUGCCAAGGGGAAGCCCGUCCAGAUUGCCCCUGCUCUGGCGGAGAAACAGGUUAAAGAUGGGGGCCAUGUGGGCAAGAAAUAG